AUGUCCCAUAAACAGAAAACAGGACAACUGGCGACUGAAAUGGGCGAAUGGGAUCUGCUGGGCCGCCUGCUGGACAAAGUGCAGAGCCACUCCACAGUGAUUGGCAAGGUCUGGCUGACCGUACUGUUUGUCUUCCGUAUCCUGGUCCUGCACGCCGGUGCUGAGAAGUCUCCUUCCUCUCAUCUUGUCCAGGUGUGGGGUGAUGAGCAAUCUGACUUUAUCUGCAACACUCAGCAGCCCGGCUGUGAGAACGUGUGCUACGACCUUGCGUUCCCCAUCUCUCACGUUCGUUUUUGGGUUCUUCAGAUCAUUGCUGUGGCGACUCCGAAGCUGCUUUAUCUUGGUCACGUCCUUCAUGUGAUCCACAUUGAGAAAAAGAUGAAGGAGAGGAUGAAGAAACAGGCAGAGCUGGAUGACAAAACAAGUCUGUUCCUUAGUAAGGCCUACAAGGUUCCCAAAUACACCAAGAGUAGUGGCAAGAUCAGCAUCCGUGGCCGCCUCCUUCGCAGUUAUGUCCUCCAUCUUGUGGCCAAGAUACUCCUGGAAGUUUUGUUCAUCGUGGGUCAAUACUUUCUUUACGGUUUCACCCUUGAGACCCGCUAUGUCUGCACCCGCUUCCCCUGCCCACACAAGGUGGACUGCUUCCUCUCCAGGCCUACAGAGAAAUCGGUCUUCAUCUGGUUCAUGCUGGUGGCAGCGUUUGUCUCCCUCUGCCUCAGUCUGGUUGAGCUGUUCUAUCUGUGCACCAAAGCUGUAAAGGAGUGCAUGGCGAGGAGGCAGGACUACACUGUAACCCCGGUGACACCUCCGCUUUCGGAAAGGAAAAAUUUUAAAAGUCGGGAUGAGAUUAUUCAGAACUGUGUCAACCUGGAGCUGGAGCUGCAAGGACAAAAGCUGGGGGUGAACGGGGUCAAAGGUGGGGUGAAAAGGGUUGUCAAGAGCGUAGCAUCUGAGAACAACAUGGGGGAGGUCCACAUCUGAAGCAUGGGGGCAGUGACUUGUUGUAGGUUGUUCCAGUAUUUGUGUGCUUUGGCUUUGGACAGGAGAGGUGUGUGUGUGUCUGUGUGUGUGCGGGGUCGGGGGUGUCAGCUUAUCUAAACAUGUCUCAGUCACAUGCAAAAUGUUGCUUAAAAUGACUUCAAGUGACAUAAUAUAAAUAGAACAAAUCAUGUUUUCUUGCCCAUCAUUUUAAAAUACUCUAGAUUACCUUUUUGAUUUGUGUAAAGUUAGAUUUUUUUAUUCAAUAAACCUCACAACUGUAACACAAUUGUCCUUUUCUUAUUGUGUUGUCAUGUUUUCACAGUAUAUUUUCUGAGAUGAUAAAAAGCAGUGUUGCCCUGCAGUAAUAAACAUAGUCUAUACUCUCAUUGCCUCAUUACAUUACAGUACAUUUACUUUACGGUUUUCAUAUUGAGAACAAGCUCAUCCAUCUGCACCUCUGCAGUUUUUUAUUUUUAAUUGGUCCAUUAAUCUAUUACACUGUAUAUAUAGAGCUACAGUUAACAUAAUGCAUACAAAGCAUUUAGUUAAUUGUGUACUGAGAGAAUAACUUUUAAUGCUGUUAAGCUGUCCAGCUAGUAAUAGGCUACUGCAAAUAUAUGGGCCUGCAGAACUUAUGUUUCAAAAUGUUUUGCUAACUUGCUGCCAUCAGCUAAAAGCCUGCGUUGUUCAUCAGAAAAAGCAGUAACAAGUAAAGUAAACAGGCUUUGAGUAAAGCUACAGCCUGGAGACAGGGUAAAUGGCUAGCCCGAAAAUAGCAAAAAUCCACCUACAGUAUCAGAAGCAUCUC